UUGAGAGCGCUCCUCCUGGUUUGAGUUUGGCACUAUAAAGACACUCAACCAUGAUAAUAUCAUUAGUUCUAAUGGGGAAGUCUCGCUUUCACUGGCUCUGCUUCCCUUGUCUAAGAUUGACCGGCAGCUUUCGGAGAUGCCCUCUUUCCAAAAGGACUUUGAUCAUUGGGAUUAUUUGUGUUAUCUAUUUGUUUUUUGUAGUCUCGGAGUUUGGGCUCUCGCAGCAAAACCAGGAGAGAAGGACUGACAAAGACAAGUACCGACACACCCGUGGAUUGUACAACUUAGAAACUGGUGAUGCGCUGCAAGACUCUGUCCCAACACGGUCUAACGUAGUGUACAUAACGCUGAAGACUAAGCGGCUGAAACCGGCAAAUAUCCGGGGUACAAUCAGACCAAAACUAAGGAGAAAAGUAAGGAGGAAUAACACGGCUGGUUCAGCUUUUACGCAGAACAAACUUUCCACUUUGGAGCAGGACGCGGGACAAAUUAAGAGCAACUUUGAACGCAACACUUCCUGGGGAGAAACUCGGGAUGUUGAUUAUAAAUCUUUGGAUUUAAUAAACGAUUUUAACUUUGCUGACUCUCAUAUUAGUUCUAUCCGAAUUUACAGCCAGAGGGCACCGCCAUGGCUCAGCCCGCAGGACGUGGAAGCCAUGCGCUUUCUCGCGGAUGCCAAAGUUUUGCGCAUCAAAGAAGUUUCCCACGGAGUCUCUCCGUCACUUCUGAUAUUUCAGGGGGAAGCUAGUGGUUCAGUAUCCGACAAACAACUCGCAGACAGAGUCGGUGUGUGUGGAGGGCAGUGUGGUGUAAUCAACAGCCCCGUGGACAACACGGAGGUCUUCGCUUUCCACCUGGACAGGGUGCUGGGGCUCAACAGGACGCUGCCGGCUGUCAGCAGAAAGUUCAGCUUCUUACACGACGGCCAGCCCUGUCCAGUGGUGUCAUGGGAUGCAUCUCUCUACCCAGAAGGCCUUGCUGCAGGCUCAUCCACCCUGAGGUUAACGUGGGGGGCGUACCAGAGCUCCCUGAAACAGAGGUGCUGGCAUAUAAACAUCAUCCCGAAGCCCGACUCUGGCUGCUCCACCGCUCAUCACUACGAGUGGAGUAAACUGGCUCUGUUUGACUUCUUAUUACAGAUUCACCACCGCCUGGAUCAGAGCUGCUGUGGGUUCAGGCCGCGGCAGGAGGAUUUGUGUGUCGAACUCGGACGCCAUGCUGAAUGUGUCGACCAGAACAACAUACCACUGGCGAACAUCGUCCACAGAGGUCAUGACCCCAGACACCUGGUCUUCACCAACAAUAAGGGAUUCUUCGACCGGAACGAGGACAACCUUGACUUCAGGCUUCUGCAGGGAAUCAAAGAGCUUCCUGAGCAGGCUGUGUCGGUGCUGAGGAGCAGGAAGCUGAGGGAGAAGCUCCUGCAGUCCCUGUUCCUGGACCAGACGUACUGGGAGAGCCAAGGCGGCCGGCAGGGCAUCGACAAACUGAUCGACGUCAUCGAGAGGCGGGUCAGGGUGCUCCUCACCUACAUCAACGCUCACGGCAUCAAAGUCAUCACCAUGAACGCAUGACACUGACAUUAAAUUACUGAGAGAUGAAGUAAAUCACCUUUUUGACCCCUGUGAAUUCACAGGGUCCUCUUACAGGAAACACUCACACUUUCUACAGGAAGCUGAAGCUAAUAUAGUUCACUGUAAUUCAGUAUGUGUUUCUUAAAUAUAGACUUUCAGUACUGUGCAAAAGCCUAAGCCACCGUUAGUUUUGUUAGUUUUGCAUUUUUUACUGCAAGUCAUCAUGCCAUUCCUUUUGCAAAGUGCCUGACUGGACACGUUUUUAUUUUUCAGCAUGACAACGAUCCUCAGCUCACUUUUUUUUUUUUUUAUUGUGAUAAGGUGAACAAACACAAAACAAAAAUGUGCACAUAGACGUGACAAUUAAAGCAACGGCAAAUAAA